AAACAAACCUUUUUUAAGUCUCUGAAUGGGAUGGUACGGUUGUCCUUCAGUUUUGUCGUCGAAAUAAAUUAACACAUUAUGAAACAGAAUCCCAGACAUUCAAAAUUUCCUAAAAAAUUUAAUCGUCAUAGAAAAUCCGCAAAUCAAGUAAAUUUGACUAUGAUAAUUUGGACGACCUUCUACUGACAGACGCUUUGAGACCAAUCUCGAAGACUUCUUUGAAACUAAACUAUAUAAAGGUAAGUCGCAGCGCUCGGGAGAUUCAGUAUCAUUUUGACCAAAUCAUAUUACCUAAUCAAAAUGAAGAUUUCUUUGUUAGUUGCUUUCGCUUGUUUCAUCUAUAUCGCCAAUGCUGCUUCAGUCUACGCGCCUGAAGUAGCUCGUCAAAAGAGGAGCCCUCUGGGUCUUACAGCUUUGGGACUUCUUGGAGCUGGAGCUAUUGGUGCUAAAAUUGGCUUUGUGAAGGGAGCAGUAAUCGGUGGAGUAAUAGGCAAAAGCUUAGGAGGACAUGGAGGUGGUUACGGGGGUGGAUACGGAGGCGGAUACGGUGGUGGAUACGGAGGCGGAUACGAAGGUGGUUAUGGAUAUGGCGGUGGAUAUGGAUAUGGCGGCGGAUAUUCUGCUCCAGUUCACGUAGUUCAUGUGUACAACUCUGGAUAUGGCUAUGGAGGUGGUUAUGGAGGUGGAUACGCUUCUGGUGGUUACGGUGGUGGCUGGGACUGCUGAAUCCUAGGUCAAUAGCAGUAUUUUAUCAGCACAUUGAAGAGUACAAGGCAAAUACGCUUAUUUGUGAAUCUAGUGUUAAUAAAUUAUUCCCACCUAUACAAGAAUGUUGAUUACCUAUCACGUACAAUUUAAUUCAAUUAUGAUUUAAAAAUAAUUUUUUAUUUACCAUAAAUUCGAUCUAACUCAGUCAGAACCGUCAGGAUGGAGUUUUAAAAUUAAUAAGAUCAGUUUCCUUUUUG